AUGACAACGACAACAAUAGGGCGGCGAUACGACAACAACAAUGACGAUGAUGACGAAGGUAACAACGGUGAUGACGAAUACAACGAAAGUGAUGGUGGCGACGAUGACGACAGAGAUGACAGUGAUGGAAACAACGGCGAUGACGACGACAACGAUGGUGAUAAAAACGACGAAGAUGGCGACGAUGACGACAAUGACAACAAUGACGAAGAUUACUACAACGACAAAUACUGCAACAAUGACGACAGUUGCGAUUGCAACGAUGACGAUGACUGUAACAACAACGACCACUACGACGAUGACAAUAACGAUGGAUGGGAUUAUGAAGAUGGUGAUGGCGAUGACGACGACGAUGAUGACGACAAUGACAACAAUGAUGGAGACGAUAGUGAUGACAACAAUAACAUCGACGACAAGGAUGGUGACAAUGGCGAUGAUGGCUACGACGUCGAUGAAGGCGAUGACAACAAAGAUAACGACGACGAUGAUGACUGUAAUGACGACAAUGAUGGAGACGAUAGUGACAGUAACAACAACAGCGAUGAAAAAGAUGACGAUGGCUACGACAUCUUUGAAGGCGACGAUAACAACGCCAAUGGAGGCGAUGAUGACUAUGGUAACGAUGGUAGUAGAGACGAAAAAGACGACACAUAUGGUGAUAGAGACGACAAUGACGAUGACGAUGACGGUGACGGUGACAACGAAUACGACAAAGUCUGUAACAACGACGAUGAUGAUGAUGACUGCAACAACGACGAUGACAACCUUUGUAAUGACAGCGAUAGUGGUAACCAUAGCGACUGUAAUGAUGGUGACUGCAACAACGAUGACAGCUACGACGAUGGUGACAACACCAACGACAGUAAUGGCGAUGACUGUGGUAACGAGGAUGCCGACGAUGAAGAUGACUGUAAUAUUGGCAACAACAAUGACGACGAUGGCAAUGACAACGAUGACAAGGGAGAUGAAGAUAAUGACUGCAACAACGACGAUAAUGACAAUGACAUCAACGGUGAUAAUGGCGACAACCAUGACAGCGGUAAUGACAACGACGAUAAUGACAGUUGUAGACACUAG